AUGGACAGCCUACCGGUAGAGUUAUUUGACCUGGUGCUCAUGCGCCUCACCCGCGCAGCACUGCUGUCCUUGGCGCAGACCUGCUGCUGGAUCAACCUUGCUGUCGAGCCACACCUCUAUGACACCGUAAUCAUACGAAGUGCCGCUAACCUUCGGGCUUUCCAUUCCUCGCUCAGAGCCCAGCCGCGUCGAGCCGGCUUGGUUCGCAAUUUCCUCAUCAAGCGGGCCAGCGACACUUAUCGCACCAGCCACCGCGCUGGCGAGUCUGCGGAGGAGGCCGAUUACUGCAUGCUUCCUGCUCUCGAGAAGCUCGUGACUCUGUCGAUCGAAUCGUACUACCUGGACAGCAAUGAGUUCAACCAUGUUUUUGCCCGCGCUGCUCGAGGGGAGAUCCUUACCUGUCUGAAGACUUGCAGGCUGUGCUUUCUAGACGGCAGUGGGAGAAGACACCCUCUCCACCGUUUCGAUUCCGUCCUGCUGCAUCCAAGCUUGGAAACACUUACCAUUUACAAUGUCCGCGAUGGGUGCAGAGAUCAUGUCCACUGCCAACAACGAUCGACGAAGCUCCGAAAUUUGGAGCUGCUGAACUCGGAUCUCUCGGUCGACGAGCUGGCAAAGCUGUUGGCCAUACCACGGCAGCUGAAGUCCCUGGUCAUCCAUUCCAAGUCCCAGCAAUCGCCAGUUGACCACUGUCCAACAGACUGUAGUGAAUAUGCCAGUGCGCUACAAGUCGUGGCAGAGUGCUUGGAGACACUGGUCGUCGAGAGAGACUUUGGUUUUUACGGCAAUCCGCUGAAGUUGGGCGCCAUGACUGCCCUCCGCCACGGCAUCGACGACAGCUAUCUGUGGCUCGGCACGCUUAUGCCGCAUCCUGACUGGAUAGACGAACCUCUCCUGCGCGAAAUCAUCCCUCCUACUCUGGAGCACGUGGGCGGAUAUCUUUGGGCAUACGUACCGGAUCGAGCAAUCGAUGAGGCAGUCAUCACGAAGGUCCUCGCCACGAUGCGAAAAGUGGCUCCGGCCGUGAAGCUGGAACUCUACAGCCCGUACGGUGUGUCGGAGCGGUUCAAAAGAGCUUGCAUAGCAGCGAGGUUUCCCAUCACUUACACGUACGAGGAGUGCGACGAGAACGAAUACGAGUAUAACGCUGCUGGCUUUCUCCGCAAGGCCCACUUUCUCUCUCUACCAGUUGGUCCCAUCGAUUAA